GUCCAGUUUCGCUCACCACCAUGUCCGACUUCGACCAUUGGGAUGGGAAAGUGUUGUCACCGACCAGUUUCGCGCACGUGGUGCUACGAACGGGGAAUCUGAAGAAGAUGCGAGACUUCUACAUUGGUUUCCUGGGCGGUCGCGUGGCGCACGAGAACGAAUUCAUCUGCUUCAUCACCUACGACGAGGAGCACCACCGCAUCGCGUUCAUCGGAGUGCCCGGGACGUCGGCGAAAGUCAUCACCAGCUGCGGCCUGGAGCACAUCGCCUACAGCUAUCCCAGUCUCCGAGAUCUGCUGUUGUCGUACCGCCAGCGACAGAAAAUUGGCAUCCAGCCGCACUGGUGCGUGAACCACGGCCCGACCACCAGCAUCUAUUACAAGGAUCCCGACGGCAACAUGCUGGAAACCCAGGUCGACAACUUCGACACGGCGGAGGCGGCUGAUGAGUUCAUCAAAGGCCCAUUGUUCGGAGAGAACCCUAUCGGCACCGAUUUCGACCCGGAAGAGCUCAUACAGAGGAUGCAAAACGGGGAGAGCGACAAGGAUCUGAAGACGAGGAUUGAGAUCGGGCCAAGAGCACUCCGUACCGAGGUCCCGGCAUGAUGUUCUCGUCCAAGAACAAUUGACGGAGUUCGUUCUUUCAGCCUGGGCCCGUGCGGAGUGCAAAGGUCGCCGAAGACACCGAGAUAGGAAAGGGGCCCCACUCCCGCGAUGUCUGCGGCUGGCCCAGGGCCUCACUACUACCAAUCGACCAGCAAUGGAGGUUUGAAAGCAUUGGGCAGUGACAGCUCCACUUCCCCGCGUGCUGCCAGAGCGUGCUCAGUGCUCAGUGGCCACCACUCUAGUGCUCGUGCCAGGCGAAAUCUGUGAAAUACUGGGGCAAUUGUGCGGGAGGAGCACGAGGGCAGGGUAUGCGUGUAUAUGUGUCCGCAAUCGAAGAUUAACUUCAU